ACAUCCACAUCGAGCUCAGCACUCACACACAACAAUCACAGCAAGCGAUGGCUGCUUUCCACAUCGCCCUGCAGGAAGAAAUGAUCGUCGCAUCCCCGGCUGCGUUGCCCAGGUUAUCCCUUGGCACAGGGAGGGGAGCCUGUAGGAAUCUCUUCGGUCCUAUCGAUCACGAUGAGCUGAGGUCGGAGCUGAAGAGGCAACUGAAGGAAAUCCAGGCGUCCGACUGUCAGAGGUGGAACUUUGACUUUGAAAGUGGCACCCCUCUUAAGGGCACCUUCUGCUGGGAACCCGUGGAGACUAAAGAUGUGCCCAGUUUUUACAGCCCGAGCAGAAGCUUAGCUACCAACACAACGCCACAGUCCAGGCAACAGCAGCCCUUGUUGGUCAGCAGGCAGCCCGAGCCCAGGGAAGAGGCACCCGUGGAUACCGUGCGUAAUGUGCCAAAUCCUCCGUGCGCAAAGGAGAACGCAGAAAAGAUCAUCAAGCGGUGCCAGGGAGUUAAAGGUCCAACCAAGGCAUCUGCUAACACAUCUACACAGCGCAGAAAGAGGGAGAUCACCACUCCCAUCACCGAUUAUUUCCCUAAAAGAAAAAAGAUACUGAGUGCCAAGCCUGAUGCCACUAAGGGAGUUCACCUAUUGUGCCCACUGGAACAGACCCCCAGGAAAAAGAUUCGAUGAAACCAUGGCACAAAUUAAAACUGUCGAAUCUAGAAGAAAAUGACACUUAAGAGAAAUAAAAAAAAUACGCCAUCCCUGUCCCUCUCCCGGAGUAAGGAGUGAAGGAAGAGCCAAGACUGAAAACCCACUACUGGAGUUUUACCGAGAUCCGUGGCCUCCGGGGACUGCUGAAUCCACGGGGUUAUUCGUUUCUACUUGGUAUCUGGAGAUUGUGGCAAUAAGGGACUUGUUUCGUGUGCCCCCCUGUGGUUCCAAACCAUCUAAUCGUCACUGCACGGGAUGCACAAUCUGUAAUGUUUGGAUGUCUGCUCCAGCUAUUCUCUGUACAACCAGAUGCUUUAUAUAUAUCU